UGGAGAAUUGUCAGUUGACGUGCAGGAGUUUUUGUUUGCGAAUUUGAAGAUAAAUUUAGGAGUUCUUCUCCGAAACUCAGGAUCAUGGACGACGCAGACGAUGGGGCUCCGUCAUUGAGCGCUUCAGCAAAAAAAUCCAAGUCGGUCAAAAGCGUAGUGAAUUUCGAUUUGGAUGAUAAACCAAAGAAAUCUAAAAGUUCCAUUGGGCGGCUUGACAAGAGGAGAAGCGGCAUGCAAUCCACACUCGAAAUAAAAACUACAUCUAGCAGACACUUGAAAGGAAAAAAGAAGGCUCAAGAAGUGAAUGUAAUUGAAGAACUGAUUCAAGAGGAUCCUUCAGCGACUGAAAUAGAGGAAAGCUCGUCGGAGGAAUCAUCUUCUGAGGAAGAGAAAGAAAAAGUACAUAAAAAGAAAAGCAAAAAGAGUAAAGGAGCCGUUUCGGAAGAUGCUUUGAUCAGAAAAUCGAAAAAAGACGCGAAAGUCGUGAAACUGAAAGUAGAAAAAGAAGAAGGUCCCACUUCAGAGGAAGAUCUCCUGGCGGAAUUUGCGAAAACCAGUAAAGCGGCCAGACCGUUACCACCCAUACCAGAUUUUAACACUCUACUGGAAGAAGUCAUGAUCAAGGAAUCCAUGAAACCGGGAGUAAAGAAGGACACGUUGGAAAAACUGAGAGCGCAACACGAAAUCGAAAUCCGGCAUAAAAUCGACGCCGAAAUACAAAGGAGAGCCGACGAAUUAGAGAGGAAAACGGAAAGAGAACGCAGAGAACAGAUCGACGCCAAUCUUAGGGACGAUCAACUAUUGAAAUCCAAUUUGUUUAUUCAAGAGGUGUACGAUUUUUUCCAAGAAAGUUUCACUCAGGAGAAAGCACUGAAUGAGUGGCUGGCAUUUCUGAAUUGCCGCAAGUUACCGAAUCCAGCGUUUUGCAGAGACAUGACGACCUAUCUGCGCAUGUGGGAAGAAAGCCUGAAGGCGAUUACAAUUCCCGAAGCAGUGGUAAAAACUCAAGAAGUUAUCGAGCUCAUUGGCGAAUUGGAAGAUGUGAUUGAUCUGUCUGUAGAAGAAGAAAAAAUACAUAUGCCCAAUUGGGUUUGGAUACGCCAAUUGUUCAGAGACCAGCAGAAGCUCAGCUUAGACGUCGCGACGUACACGCUGAUGAAGAACGUCGACGUCAACAUGACCAGAAUCAACAUGUCGACGGCCACAUACGAUUACAUCGAAGACAACAUAUCGAUAUGUGUGUGGUUGCUCACCCAGAACCCCAUUCCGCUGACGAAUCCCAGAAGACCACCGAGGCCGCGGAUAAUCAUCAACUUUGAGAAAUUGGACGACUUCAAGGUGACGUUGCCAUACGUUUUGGACUGCCACCACAAGGCGGUUCGAGUCAUGUACCUGAAAUACGAUCAUCUGAGCGACACGUGCCAAACCAGCAAGCUGCCUCCGAUGCCGCCUUCGCAGAAAUGCGAUUUGCUGACCACCUUCAGGAAAGAGUGGAGGAUGAAGUUGAUGUACAAGUACGAGCAUCGCGAUAGGAAACCACCGCCAGACCCCGACGAUCCCGAAUUCGCCAAUUAUGCACCUGAACCCGAAGAGUUUGGUUCCGAUGAUGAAAUUCCCUUCGUACCGUACAAAGCUUUGGUGCCCACGCCCACCGAAUACGUUUCAAUCAUCGAAGGCCAUAAGCACGCCAAAGAAAGGAAAGCUCUGUUGGCCGAAAUAAUCACCGAUUCGAAUUUUUUAAAUUUGCGCAAAUUUAGAAUUUUGGGUGGAGUUUUUACAGUGCACUAUUUGCACCAACCACCACAGCCUACCACCUACGCCACUAUGACAUCCAUAUUUACCACCAGGUUAUUCAUUCCGCAAGAAUUAGAAUACGUAGACUUUUUCGCCCCAUACCAAUCACCCGAUUUUUACAUAUCGAUCGAUUUAAACGCUUUCAAAGCUCCCGAUCCGGAAGUUUUAGAGGAGUACUAUAGACAACAAGAUGCUCUAGAUAAGUUGAUUUUCAUUAGUCUAUUGAUACCCCAGCACGUUAUAUUUCUGGAAAUACCGAAGGUUUAUGUAUGGAUGGAAGAGGAACACCAUUGGAGCAACAAGUACAUUCAUUAUACCAGUUACGACGCUGAAGAGAAGACCAUAUCGUUUAGAUCGCAAAUAUUUGGUACCUUCGGUUUGGCGAUAUCGCGUUACAACAAUUUACCGUAUACCUGGUGGAACAUCCAACCUUAUCCAGAUACUUCAAUAGAAAUCAAACUAGCUGCUCAAGUGUUGUACUUGGAGUUCAUAAUAAAGGACGGUUUGAUAUGCAUGUCACUGUUAGAGAAGAGCCCGAAUGUCUAUGCGUUGCAGAAUUUCGUGGGAGAAUUUAUGAAAUUCCACACGUUAAAAAAGAUUUUGAAAGAAGGUGGAAUAGACAUAUUUCCAGAUUUUGAUUCAUACUUUUACCACGAAGCUUCUUGUGAAAAGCAUUGGCCGACAGAAGAACACCUGUACAACAACAUGGCAGCCAUUGGGGGAUAUUUCAAUUUCACAUGGUCCAAGUGGAACAUGACAACAACGCCCAGAGAAAUAGUCUUUCAAAUGAGAGAAUUUAUUCCGACGAAAAAGAAACACCCGAAUCUUUGCUUAGCUCAUGUAUCACCGGAAAAAUCUACUUACCUAAAAUGUACCGAAGAAGAUGAAGAAUUUAGCUCUGAACCAAUGGAGGGUAUCAAGUUCAGCGCUGAUUUAAUAAAUUUGAUGAAAAACACCGUCUCCAUGUUCAUCAAGUCCCAAAUCGAGGCCUAUCCGAAACUGAACGUGCACGUUUUGUCGCAGUUUUUGUUGUCAACGAGAUUGUUAAGUUUUUCUUAGCUUUUGGAAAAAAAAUCUUGCAAAAAUUUGGUGUAAUCCUAAAUUUUUUAACUCUAAAAUAACCGACUAAUAAAG